UCGGGAGUAUCACACACACACACACACACACACACACACACACACACACACACACGCACACAGACAGGAUGAAGAGGGCUGGGCUUCCUCUCCUCAACCCCGUCUGCUCUCCGUCCUCGAGGCUUCACCGUGACACCUCAGGCCUCGCAGGUUCACCAUGGCGAUCCUCUACCUGCUCGUCCUUCUCCUCGUCGCAGGUGUCGAGUCCCAGUCGGUCAACGUGACGCUGGAGGAGCCGAGCGACGCUGAAGGGAACCGGACGUUCAGAGUCUCUGCCGACGACAACGUGACGUCCACUUUGUACCAGGACGAGAAGAGACACAUCGAGGACGAACUGCAACUCAACCUGACGUCCACGACGCUGAUCACCGAGGACGAAGAAGCGUUCCAGGACCAGGAGAAGGCGUUCCCACACCAACACUGCCGGCGGGAGGAGCUGGUCGAGUUCAGUCACAGCUAUUGCAGAGCCUUGUUUCACAUGGAGAUGCUCACGAUCAGCACGGAACACUGGUGUCUGCUGGAGUUCGUCAGCAGGCCGUACAACGACAUGACGUUCUGCCUGGAGAGUGCCUCGUCUUCUCUCGGCUGCUACUAUCCGAACCCCGACACUCAGGACUUCUUCUUCUUCAUCCACUCCCACUACUUCCAGAACUGCACCAAGGAGGAGCUGGUGUUCGAGGACGCGCCUCACUGGGUGGUGAUGGUCCUCACGCUCAUCCCCGUCAGCCUCAUCCCCGUCCUCGUCUACCUGGUGGUGUGGAAGAGUAAAGUCCAAGAGUGAGUGGCGCGAUGCUGCGUUCACACCCAGCGUCGGACAAAACGGCGUUUCUCUGACGGACGCGGACGUCUGUGGCGUCGGGAGGGCCUCAACGCUAAUUGGCUUUCGCGUCAGACGAAUAUUUAGCUCGAGUUCUAUAUUUCCAUAUUUCGACACUGUGUUCACCUUGUACUUAAUCUCAUUGCACGAAAAUGUUGCUCUGCGUUUGGUGCGAACGCACCGUUAGACCUCGGCUCACAGUCCGGAAAACUGCUGCAUGUUUUUACGGCACGGUCACAAUUUGAAAUGUGUUUUUAAAGAAGUUAAAAAUUAUAAUCGGUUAUUUUUUUCAUAAGCGUUUCGAUGUGUACAAGUUUUGUUUUGAUAAUUUAGCUUAUUCACUUUCUGGUGUGGAGUUAGAUGAGAUUAUUGGUUACUUCGCUUAUGUCUGCAAGCUAAUGUUAAGCUACAGCCGGCAGCUGGUUAGCUUAGCUUAGCAUAAAGACUGGGAACAGGGGGAAACGGCUAGCCUGGCCAACUGACUCGUUUUUCCACGUCUGUUUCCGUUGGGGUUAAUGAAACAGGGUUGUUGGACUAGUUCAGAGGUCAGAGGUCAGAGGUCAGAGCUCAGGUUCAGUUCUUCACCAGCGAACUGGGGGAAACCAUUUCUCUGCGGAGGCGACGCUGUCGUGUUCAAACAGGAAACAGGAAACGCAAGCCGCUGCCAGAACAAACUGUUGUCUGCAACUGAAAUGACAGCAAGAAAUGCACCAAUUAUUUUUGUGAUACAAAAUACUGUACAUACUGUAAAUGCUGCCGACAGGGAAGGUCACACUGAAAUACACUGAAAUAUGAUGAUGAAAUAAAAGGAAUAUGUUAUGUA